UGUAGUUCAUUUGUAAGAGCCAAUGAGUGCUAAUGAACUAGAUAAUUCUUUCACUUCCAUUCACAUGCUGCUGCUUUUCAUUCUCACUCUUUGUAUUUUGAUUGGGGGCGCAUGUAUGUGAUAAAUACUUUAAGUUAGACUUCGGUUAGUGAUGGUGUGUCUCUGAGGUAUAUCAUAGAGUUUGAGAGUGUUCUAGUGAGAAUGUUCUAUUUGCUGUGCUGCCUGUAGAUGAUGUUCAUUUAUUUUGGAGCCCUAUUGCCUAUCAUGAUGUUUUGGAGAACCUAAGCUUUUGGGGGGUGUGUGUAUUUUUUUUUUCCCACAAGAGGUUGGUUUGAAUGGUAAUAGAUAAUGAUGUGGUAAUUGUCUGUUCAAGAUGUAGUUGCUUUGGAUUAGGGAAAAUGCAGCCUAGGCCCAUUUAUGAUGAGAAGACUCUGAAUUUGCAUAUGUGUACAUAAUACAAGUUGCUAUCCAUGUGGUUCACCCUGCUACUUUACUUCAUCUGGCAGAUGAUUUAAAUAUUUACUCCAAAAGGUCUUGUUCUCUGUUGGUGUGAAGCAGUGUUUCCAGUUAUCUUUGUCAUUUUCAUCUUAGCAACUCCCUGUUGGAGAUGAACUAGACAUACUGCUGUAAACUGUCCCUGCGUUUUGAUAGAAUUUAAUAAAAUAAAGUUUAAUGGCUUGAUCCCAAGGGGAGAACAGGCCAUCUGGUUAACAGAAGGUUAGGCUGAGUAGUGCAAUGCUGAGAAAAACAGAUAUUCUGGGUUGGUUUGUGGCAAUGCGUCCAGUUGCUGCGUGUAUUAAGCAUUGAAAUGGUACUUUCAGAUCUGCAGAGCCAGCAGAUCUGUUACCAUGGCUGUGAUGCAGGAGAUAAUUCUUUUGGGCAAGCAGCAGCAUGGGGAUGGACCUACAGUACAGGAUGUGUAAUGUCAACAUGAAGCGUGGGAGCUGGCAGUAAGAAGGAAAGCAAGCCAUUUCAUGCCAGUGCAGGAAGCCUAAGUAGAUUUUUUUUUUUUCUCCUCCGCAUCUUGUCGUUGCUUUCAUACUCAGUUAUUAAAUGAUUGCCUUCCACUUUGUCAUCUGAAAAUUUCAGCCCAGCAGAGUUUAAUUUUUUUUUCUUUUUGAACUUUUUUUUUUAAGCAAGAUAAGUUCACUCCAAAAGCAUGUCUGAUGGAUUAUAAAAGGGGUGGGGGAAGGCUGAAGUGCUAAGCAAAUCUGGAGAAAGAAGAGUUCAGCCAUGUGGAAGUCCUGAGCUUCAGAUGAAGAUUCAUUGUGGAGCCUUUUGGCUUUAGUGCAGAGACAGUUUGCUCAAAAGCUGCUGAGAGCAUUAUACUGUAGCUGUGAAACAAAGAACAGUAUGAAAUACUGCAAGUGAUACUUGCAUAGACUUUGUAAUUAUGUAACUACUAAGAAACCAUAGAAAUGUAUUGCAGUUGUCUCUGCUUUCUUCUUAGCAGGAAUGUCCUAUUACUUAGAAUUUCUUUUUUCUAUUCGAUUAAAACUAAAUUAACCAUGGCACCAAUUUUUAUGAACCAAAUACUGUUACUGGAGUGUCUAAAUCUGCAGAGGAAGAGUUCAUAAAUAAACUUCCCAGACAUUCUGUGAACUUCUGAGUCUUAAAAAAAAUCCAGUGAUUUGUCUUUUGUCAGCUCAGUGGGAGACUUUUUUGGUUGUUAUUAUAAUUAUUAUUAUUUUCCCCUGAGUUCGGGGACAUCUUCCUGUACUUGAAGCUUGGGAAGCUCUAGUAUACUAGAGCUUACUCCCUGACAGGCAUGGCAGAGCAGUACUUCGUAACCAGAACUCUUGCAAUUUGUUGCCUAUUCUGCAGGAUUUUCAAAGAAUAAUAUUACAGUUCCCUUUGAUUGAAUCCUCAUCUUAAAUGCUGUUCUGUGGUAGCUCUGCAAAAGUAUGACUUUCUUCAUAUGCUCCUAAGAGCUGAAUGACUGGAUUAAUCAACCUACAGGUAUGUUUUCCCAGUAACAAUUUGGUGAUGGGAAGAAGGAAUGCAUAUAAAACAUGGCUUGUCUAUGAAGACUGUUCAGUUCUGCAGUAACUUCAUCACUACACCUUCCUAGUUGUUCCACUGGCCCCAUUCAGGAGAGUUUUGGUUGAAGCUUUCUAAGUCUAGCACUUGUGCACAUGGUGCACUUGUAGCUGUUUUUGAAACUCGUGAAGAAAUGGCACUGAAGAGUUGUGUGGAAUUUGAAUGUCAUCUCUCAAGGCAGGACUUUUUCUUGGUUACAUAGCUACAACAACAUGGAGUUAUCUAUUUCAGCAUUAGGAAGUAUCAAGGAUAUCAUCAAGAGACAUAACUUUUUUUUUAAGUUAUGGUUGCUCUGUUGUGCCUGUCUAUAUAAUUUUCCUUGCAGACUUCAUUUUCUAAUAGUUGGUAACCUUUAUUUAUUUAUUUAUUUUAGCAGUAUUGGACAAUUUUUAGAGCACACUGGUUGAAUUCUCAUCAGAAGUGUUUCUUCAUAUGUAAAUGAGUAAUGCUUCCAGAUUUUGUCUGUAUCUUUUCUCAUCCAAAUCAGAACAUCUCUACAGUGCAAAGAAAAUGCAUAGUUCUUGACUUUUUCAUACCAAAAAGGUGCUAUUUGUAAUAAACUAUCUUCAACAAAUAACUACUAAGAAGAUAAUCUCAUCACAGCAGGCUUGGCAGUCUUCCAUUGAGUUAGCCUGUCUCAGCAAGAGCUGUUGCUUAAGAUACAAAGCAAUCCGCAGGAAAGUAUGAUUGUGUGCAUGCAAACACACACGCAUGCUCUGUUUUCUCUGUCAUAAUGGAUGCAUCAUCAUUUUCUGUUUGAUGAUUAGGAACUAGAAUUAUUAUUUGGGAGACUAGCAGGAUCCAGGAUCUAGCACUGGAGAGAUGGACUUGAGUUCUCAUCUCAUAAGUAUCAGAUGUUAGGGAAGUUCUUGGGUUUGGAGACCCUGGUAGGUUUGUGCAGUAAUCCUGUAAGUGAGAAUGUUGGUCAUGUUUUGUGUGUUUCUGUCAUCUGGUACUGUAAGCCAGUAAUAUUUGUCAGUGGAUAUCUUCAUGAAUGACCAUGUGAACUCCUGAUGAAACUGAUUUAUACGUAAUCCCAACACACCUGUUAGAAAUGAUGGGGAAACAGAUCUGCUACCUGCAAUAAAAAUAAUAAUGAGAAUAAUAAGAGAAUUUUUUGUUUUCUUUCUUUGGAUAAAUAAAACGGCUUCAAAAUCUGUGGAGACAAUGAUAUAAAAAGAUAAGAGUCAGUAUCCAUCUUUGAGGGCAUCAGAAGACCAAUGUUAAUGUUGUACAUUUGAUUAUAGUCACAUGGCUUGAUAAUUGACUUAUUUCAAGUUUGAAAAGUGUGGUACUGGUUUGUACCAGAGGCCUUCUAACUUGGGUGACCUUGUAGCUUUAAAGAAAAUCCAUUGGAAUGUUAGCUUCAACCUUACUGAAGGACACAUUCUGAAGAGCUAGCUCAUUAAGCAAGGUUUUGAAGGGUGUGCUUUGCAGAGCAGCUUCCUGUUAUUUGGUUAAUGGUUGACCUAGUUCUAUUGCCAUAUGCUUCCUGGAACACAUUCUAAUAUAAAUUACAUGUUAAAACGAGACUGGGGUAAUAGCAGGAAAGUCAAAGCCUUUAUGAAACAAAUCAUAUAAUACUAUUGCAUUUGUGAAAGUAUUUUAACUAAAACCAGCAAUAUCUUCAUGGAACUACUUACUGAUUCUAGUUGCAAACCCAGGAAUAUUUUUUAGACCCAUAUAUUUAAUUUUUUUCACACUUGCCUUGUACAAAAGGUUUGUAUGAGUAAUUCUCUGUGCUGUGUGUGCGAAGCUAAAGUUAGUGAGUGAAGGACUUGGAAUGAAAUUAUAGUUGUGAGGAAAGAUUUGAUGAGAUUAGAUUUGGUUAAAGGCAGGAGAUCUGCUUCCCCCCCCCCCCCAGGAAACCAUAAAUUAGCAAAUCUUUUUCUGUUUGAAGUCUGGCUAGAAGCCGAAAGUGUGGAUUGUGGAUUCAAACUUUUACCUUGAUAAAUACAAUAGAGCAUACACAUUCAAACUUGAGCAAAAAUACAGGAAAAUUUGAAGGUGGUAGAUAAAGUUUAAUCUCCAACCUGAGUGAGUACUUUGUGACAGACUGAAGUUCUGAAGAACCUAUGGGUUGUGUUUUCUGGUUAAUAUGAUUUUAUUUACUAGGAAAAAGGAGGGUGUGUGAAAACAGCUGUUUCAUAAGUAGUGUGUAUUAUGGCAAGAGAGGGGGAAGGGAAAAGUAAAGCUAUCCUUUGUAACCUUUUGAGAGCUCACAGCAGUAUCAGUAGAUGUGGCGAUUUGGUACUCUGCUGUCAGUAUGGGAAAAUGAACUAUUUACCAGACCUAUUACUUUGAAUAUUCAUAUAACGUGGCAGUGGCUAACCUGUGUCUCUUCAGUUGCAGAUGGCUUACAAGCAGUCCAGGUGCAAGUUUUAGGCAAAGGCAUGUCAUCUGACAGGUGGAGGUGCUACUGUGGGAGCUGCUGGUCCAGCCAAAUUCCUAGCUGUGGGAAGUGAACUGGCAGUAUCUCUAAAGGCAGCUGUUGCUGAUCAGCAUGGGGGUAGUGCAUCAGAGAAAUGAAUUUUCUAAUGCAAAAUAUCAUUCCUGAGCCAUGGAGGUGCUGCAGUGUGAUGGUUGUGAUUUCCGAGCUCCAUCCUAUGAAGACCUAAAAGCUCACAUUCAGGAUGUUCACACUGCUUUUCUGCAGCCAACAGAUGUCUCUGAGGAAAGCCCUAGCCAGCCAAGGUCUGGCUCUAUGAAUGCUAGCAACCAGACUGAGGUUGAAUUUUCUUCUGUAAAGGAUGAAUUUACAAUUGCAGAUGAAAUAGCAGGGCAAAAUGCAACAACUCAGACGGGGUCUGGAAGUUAUUAUAGCCAGAGCCAAAGUUUUUAUGGUCAGCAUAUGGCUCCAAAUCCUAAACCAACCAACAAGUUUUUCCAGUGCAAAUUCUGUGUGCGUUACUUUCGAUCUAAAAACCUCCUCAUAGAGCACACACGCAAGGUUCAUGGAGCACAAGUUGGGGGGAGUUCAGUAGGGCCACACACUGCUGGAUCCUUAAAUUACAACAUCAUGAUGCACGAGGGGUUUGGCAAAGUUUUCUCUUGCCAGUUCUGCACCUACAAAUCACCAAGGCGCGCGAGGAUUAUUAAGCACCAGAAAAUGUAUCACAAAAACAACCUGAAGGAGAGUUCAACUCCCCCUGCUGCUGCUGUAUCUGAAUUGACAUCUGCCUCUGUGCCAGUGCAGGAGCCCUGCAAGGAAUUGCCUGCAGAGGUGGUAGAACGGAGCAUAUUGGAGUCCAUGGUCAAGCCUCUAACAAAGUCCAGGGGCAACUUUUGCUGUGAAUGGUGCAGCUACCAGACACCUCGAAGGGAGCGCUGGUGUGACCAUAUGAUGAAGAAGCACCGCAGCAUGGUAAAAAUACUGUCAAGCUUGAGGCAGCAACAAGACGGAACCAGUGUGCCCGAUGUGCAGAAUAAGAGUGCCCAGAAUGCCUCCCCAAACUCUAAUUAUGUCUCCAUGAAUACGACAGGACGUGAUAUGUCAAAUGCCUCAAACUUCAGAAGCUCUACGGGCAAUUCCCUUAUCAGGCCCAACUCUUCUACAUCCUCCAAGUUUUCUAGUGUGUCUUAUCCUCAAAUGAAGUCUAAGUCACCUCAAAACUCAAGUGUAGUUAAUUUGUCAGACAGAUCCCGCUAUGGAGUUGCUGACAUGACAAAUUCUUCUGCUGACUUGGAAACAAGCAGCAUGCUAAAUGACUCCAGCUCAGAUGAUGAAGAGCUAAAUGGAGUGGACAGCGAGAAUGGCUUGAACUCUGUGGAUCACCAGACCUUAGGAAUGUCUGCAGAGCAACUGAUGGGAUCUGAUGGCAACAAACUGUUGGAAACAAAGGGGAUUCCCUUUAGAAGAUACAUGAACAGGUUCCAAUGUCCUUUUUGCCCUUUCCUCACAAUGCACCGCCGAAGCAUCUCCCGUCACAUUGAAAACAUUCACCUGUCUGGAAAGACGGCUGUAUACAAAUGUGAUGAAUGCCCUUUCACCUGUAAAAGUUCGUUAAAGCUUGGAGCUCAUAGGCAGUGUCAUGCAGGCACAACAUCAGAGUGGGACACCUUGAAUUCUCAGAGUGAAAACAUCAUCUCUUUGAAUGACAACACAGUUUCUUAUGAGAGUGGAAAUAUAAAUGGUGGGAAGUCAGCUGGGAUGAUGGAGCCAGUGCAGCAGCAACAGCAGCAGUUGCCUCAACCCCAUUCACAGCAUCCCUAUAAGUGCACAAUGUGCAACUAUUCCACCACUACUUUGAAAGGCCUCAGAGUUCAUCAGCAGCACAAGCACUCAUUUUGUGACAACUUGCCAAAAUAUGAUGGACUGCCAUCCAACACGCAACAAGAGAGUGAGGCAGAUGCUCAUACCGCUGCCAGCACGGUGAAGAAAAGCCAGACCUCAAUUCUUGGGCUCUCGUCUAAAAAUAACUUUGUUGCUAAGGCUGCUCGGAAGGUGUUAAAUGACUGCCCUUUGGAUCUUUCACCAGUGAAGAAAAGAACUAGAAUUGAUGAAAUAGCAAGCAACCUGCAGAGCAAAAUCAACCAAAACAAACAGCAAGAAGAUGCUGUGAUUAAUGUAGAGGAUGAUGAGGAAGAGGAGGAAGACAACGAGGUGGAGAUAGAAGUGGAAUUAGACAGAGAAGAAGAACAAACAGAACCAAUGAUGGAGGUUUCUAGUUCUUAUGCACCCCAGCAAAUGUGGGGGAGAGAGACUAAUGAGUCCCAGAAGGAGGCAAACUUCAGAAACAUGCAGCAUGAUUAUAAUUCUACCAAUGGAGCAGAGAUUGAACUCACUUUAUCUGAAGAUGAGGAAGACUAUUAUUCUUCCGUUAGCAUGAAAGACCAACAGAGCCCUAACACCUCUGUUCUGGGGAGCCAGCCAAAUAUGUAUGUCCCUGAUCAGAACAACGAAAAUGUGGAGUUUAAUGACACUGGCAGGCUUUAUUAUUGUAAACACUGUGAUUUCAGCAACAAAUCUGCCAGGAGCGUUAGCACCCACUACCAACGGAUGCAUCCCUACAUUAAAUUCAGCUUUAGGUAUAUCUUGGAUCCUAAUGAUCACAGUGCAGUAUACCGAUGCCUUGAGUGUUAUAUUGACUACACAAACUUUGAAGAUCUGCAGCAACACUAUGGAGAGCAUCACCCUGAAGCUAUGAAUGUAUUGAACUUCGAUCACUCUGAUCUGAUCUACCGCUGUCGCUUCUGUUCUUAUACAAGCCCAAAUGUUAGAAGCCUGAUGCCGCAUUACCAAAGAAUGCAUCCAACAGUGAAAAUUAACAACGCAAUGAUAUUUUCAAGCUAUGUUGUUGAACAGCAAGAGGGACUAAACACAGAGUCUCAGACACUGAGAGAGAUCUUGAAUUCUGCUCCAAAAACUAUGGCAACCUCCACCCCCAUGGCUCACGGGGCUAGUGUGCCAGCAGGUUUUAACAAAAGUGCCACAAAGAGUUUUAGUCCUGAAUGUGAAAAUCGGAAGGCGCCUUCAGUCAAUACUGUGGUUGUUUAUGACUGUGACGUGUGUUCAUUUGCAAGCCCCAACAUGCAUUCUGUUCUGGUGCAUUACCAGAAAAAACACCCUGAAGAAAAAGCAUCGUAUUUCAGAAUUCAGAAGACCAUGCGUAUAGCUUCUGUUGACAGGGGCUCUGCCCUGGCUCAAAUGUCUUUUGAGAUGGGGGUGCACAUCUCCCCCAAAGUGUCCAACUUGGCUUCCCAACCUCCACCUCCCCCUCCACCCCCAGAUCUUGCUCCUGAACUCUAUUAUUGCAAACACUGUUCAUAUAGCAACCGCUCAGUUGUGGGAGUGCUUGUCCACUACCAGAAAAGGCACCCAGAAAUAAAGGUCACUGCCAAGUACAUCAGGCAGGCACCCCCUACUGCGGCAAUGAUGAAGGCUGGUGAACUGCCAUCUGGGAUUCAGAGGCUGCCAGUGUCGAUGCAACAGUUGAGCCGGGGCAGUUCCGAGAGCUCUGUGAAUCCCCUUGAGAACGAAAUGUUCUUCUGCCAACACUGUGAUUAUGGAAACCGAACCGUGAAAGGCGUGCUCAUUCAUUAUCAAAAGAAGCAUCGUGAUUUCAAAGCCAAUGCAGAUGUGAUUAGGCAGCAUACAGCCACCAUUAGAAGCCUUUGCGAUCGCAACCAGAAAUCAUCUGGCAGCAUGCCUGCUCACACCUCCAGCACUGAACAGGACAAGACAAAGCUGAGAGCCCUCAAGUGCAGGCAGUGUAGCUACACGUCGCCUUACUUCUAUGCAUUGAGGAAGCAUAUUAAGAAAGACCACCCAAAUCUGAAGGCCACAGUCACGUCCAUUCUGAGAUGGGCAUUUUUGGAUGGCUUGAUAGAAUCUGGUUAUCACUGUGAAUGGUGCAUUUAUUCACAUACAGAACCAAGUGGUUUGCUUGUGCACUACCAAAGGAGGCAUCCUGAACAUUAUGUUGAUUAUACAUAUAUGGCAACUAAACUCUGGGCAGGUCCGGAUCCUGCCCCUCCUACCCUAGUGAUGCCAACAGAGGCAAAGACCUAUAAAUGCAGAGACUGCAUUUUUGAAGCAUCUUCCAUUUGGGAUAUUACUAAUCAUUACCAGGCUUUUCACCCUUGGGCCAUGAAUGGGGAUGAAUCUGUAUUGUUAGAUAUCAUUAAGGAGAAAGAUGCUGCUGGGAAAACUGGUGCACAGCUUGAUGAAGUUGGGGCCAGAAUUAAUUUGGAAAACCAGGUAACAUCACAGGUGGAUCAGGCUGCGGAGGACCCCAGCCUUUCCCAGGAAAAAACUGUCCAGCUGGCUUCUGCAAACCCUGCCAUCUCCUCCACUCCAUAUCAGUGUACAGUUUGCCAGUCCGAGUACAAUAACUUGCAUGGCCUCCUGACACAUUAUGGCAAAAAGCAUCCUGGCAUGAAAGUGAAAGCUGCUGACUUUGCACAAGACAUAGACAUUAACUCAGGGGCUGUGUAUAAGUGCAGGCAUUGCCCAUACAUUAACACACGCAUUCAUGGAGUCCUCACACACUACCAGAAACGACACCCAUCAAUAAAGGUCACUGCUGAAGACUUUGUGCAUGACGUGGAACAGUCGAAUGACAUCACCCAGAAUGAUGUGGAAGAGACAAGUAGGAUUUUCAAGCAAGGAUAUGGUGCGUACAGGUGCAAACUAUGCCCUUAUACCCAUGGCACAUUGGAGAAGCUCAAAAUUCACUAUGAGAAAUACCAUAAUCAGCCUGAAUUUGAUGUUUUUGCUCAGUCACCACCAAAGGUGUCUGCCUCAGUGGAACCAGACAUGGUGACUGAAAUCAAGGCCUCCCCAGAAAUUGUUGCUGAGGGUGUUGGAGAAGCCUCUGUCCCAGCACCUCAUUUCUCUAGUUCUCACUUAGUGUCUCACACAGUGUUCCGGUGUCAGCUCUGCAAAUACUUUUGUUCCACCCGGAAGGGGAUAGCCAGGCACUACCGCAUCAAACAUAACAAUGUUCGAGCACAACCAGAAGGCAAGAACAACCUCUUCAAGUGUGCUUUGUGUUCCUACACCAACCCUAUCCGCAAAGGGCUUGCAGCACACUACCAGAAAAGGCAUGACAUUGAUGCUUACUAUACCCACUGCUUAGCAGCCUCCAGGACAGUAAGCGACAAACCCAAUAAAGUGAUCAUUCCAUCUCCUCCCAAAGAUGACACUCCUCAGUUAAGUGAGGAGCUGAGGAGGGCUGUGGAGAAGAAGAAAUGCUCUCUCUGUUCCUUCCAGUCUUUUAGCAAAAAAGGCAUUGUGUCCCACUACAUGAAGCGUCACCCUGGUGUUUUUCCUAAGAAGCAGCAUGCAAGCAAGCUGGGGGGCUACUUCACUGCUGUAUAUGCUGAUGAGCAUGAAAAGUCAACUCCAGCUGAGGAAAGGAAUGACUUUGAAAGGCCUGAGGUGGACAGUGAGGCUCAGGAAAUUGAGUGGCUUCCCUUCAGGUGCGUAAAAUGUUUCAAGCUCUCCUUCAGCACAGCAGAGCUGCUGUGCAUGCAUUACACUGACCACCACAGCAAGGAUUUGAAGAGAGACUUUACCAUAGUGGGAAGUGGCACCCGCUCGCAGAACGCCGUCUACCAGUGCAAGCACUGUGAUACUAAAUUGCAUAGCACGGCAGAGCUGACCUCACACUUGAGUAGUCACAAUGAGGAAUUCCAAAAGCGUGCCAAACGUCAGGAGAGGAGGAAACAGCUUUUGAGCAAGCAGAAAUAUGCAGAUGGCGCUUUUGCAGAUUUUAAACAAGAGAGGGCUUUUGGACACUUGGAAGAUGCCUCAAAACUUAAGGAGAGGAAAGUGGUUGGCUACAAAUGUAAAUUUUGUGUGGAAGUUCAUCCAACGCUUCGUGCCAUCUGUAAUCACCUCCGUAAGCACGUCCAGUACGGGAAUGUUUCUUCUGCGUCAGCUACAGUAAAGCAGGAAGCUGAAGAUUCUUCAAGCACAACUUUGGAGGGUUUUGAGGGAGCCAAAGACCCUGGCAUUGUGGAAUUUACAGAAGUUGAAUCUGGAGCAUCCUUGGAAGAUGAAACCAGGCCUGGGGGCUACCACUGCAGCCAGUGUGACCGGGUUUUGAUGUCUAUGCAGGGUCUGCGAUCUCAUGAGAGGAGUCACUUGGCUCUGGCCAUGUUUACCCGGGAAGACAAGUACAGCUGCCAGUAUUGCUCCUUUGUCUCUGCUUUCAGGCACAAUCUGGAUCGCCAUAUGCAGACUCAUCAUGGACACCAUAAGCCAUUCCGUUGCAAACUCUGUCCAUUCAAGUCCUCUUACAAUAGCCGCUUGAAAACCCAUAUACUUAAAGCUCAUGCUGGUGAACAUGCCUACAAAUGUUCCUCCUGCACAUUUUCCACCAUGACAAUUAGCCAGCUGAAAGAGCAUUCCUUGAAAGUGCAUGGGAAAGCACUGACACUACCAAGACCCCGCAUUGUCAACCUCUCAGCCUCACAUGCUCACCACACCUCCAAGAACCGCGCUCCUGCUGAAGAGGUGGAGGACUCUAAUGACUCUUCAUACUCAGAACCUCCUGAUGUUCAGCAACAGUUGAACCACUACCAGUCUGCAGCUCUGGCCAGGAACAAUAACAUCAGCCCAAUCCCACUUUCCGGGAGUGCUGCAGGAGUGGAAAAAACAGAAGCUAUCCUUAACUGUGAAUUUUGUGAAUUCUCCUCGGGUUAUAUACAAAGCAUUCGGCGUCAUUACCGUGACAAGCAUGGAGGGAAGAAACUCUUCAAGUGCAAAGAUUGUUCCUUUUAUACAGGCUUUAAAUCUGCUUUUACUAUGCACGUGGAAGCUGGGCAUUCGGCAGUUCCUGAGGAAGGACCCAAAGAUCUUCGCUGUCCUCUUUGUCUAUAUCACACCAAAUACAAACGUAACAUGAUUGAUCAUAUAGUUCUGCACAGAGAAGAGCGGGUUGUUCCCAUUGAAGUCUGCCGUUCCAAACUGUCAAAAUACUUGCAGGGAGUUGUUUUCCGCUGUGAUAAGUGUACCUUUACCUGCUCCAGUGAUGAGAGCUUGCAGCAGCACAUAGAGAAGCACAAUGAACUGAAACCUUACAAAUGCCAACUCUGCUACUAUGAGACCAAACACACAGAGGAGCUGGAUGCUCAUCUUCGAGAUGAGCACAAGGUGAGUCGUAAUUUUGAGCUGGUUGGACGGGUUAAUUUGGAUCAGCUGGAACAAUUGAAGGGAAAAACAGAGAGCUCCAGCAGCGAUGAGGAAGAAAAAGAGUUAAGCCUCAAGAGUGAAGAGAGAGAUUCUAUGAUGUUUCCUGACAGCAAAGCUCCAGAGAAGCGCUUUCCAUGCGAGUUCUGUGGCCGAUCGUUUACAGAGGGCUCUGAGUGGGAACGACAUGUGCUGAGGCAUGGCAUGGCUCUGAAUGAAAGUAAGCGAGGGAUCAGAGAGGACAGCAAGCUGAAGGAGAACACAGAAAAGACUGUUAAUACACUGCCAGUAGAAGAAAAGGAAAGCAUUGAGAAAAUGGUGGUGGACUUUUCCCAAAACAAUGAAACUGCAGUCAGUAUUGUAGCUGCUGACAAACCUCUCCAAGAGAACUCAGAGGCCAAAAAUGAAUAAGCAUUUGGUGUGAUUUUAAUUAACUUACUUGAACAGUGAUGAAUGGGGUGGGGUAGGGUGGGCAGAAGGAAGAAACAAAGCUGCUUUUAAGACUGAAUGAUCUAUUUUCAAAGCACUGGUACCUGUGUGAGUGUGUGUAUAUUAAAGUUAUUUAAAUGAUGGAAUAAGUGGCUCCAUUACAUCACUGCAUCUUUUCUUCUGGAUCAUGACAAUGGGAAGUUACAUCAUCUUGGAUUAAUGAAGCAACUCCCUGUGUCUCUACAUUACACAAUGUGCUUUGCAGUGGAGACUCAGAUUGUUUGCAAACGGAAGCGUCAUGAGCGUGGGAUUGGGGGGGGGGGAACUUUGCAACGCACAAAUUUGAGUGCGUUUUUCUAAUUUUAAUACAUUACGAUUUUCCAGACUGAAUGCAACUGCUUUAGAAAAGAAAACAAAAACAAAACAGAAACUGCUUUGCUUAAAACAGCCACCUGUUUCCUAGUACCUCAAAAUUAAUGAAGGGAGAUCUCUGCAUUUGUCAGUACUGCCUGUUGUCAUUGUGAUUAAAUGUAGAGAGACUGCUGGACAAGGUGGUGAAUGGAGAAAGAAAAAAGUUUUAAAGAAAGGAAAACAAAUUGUGCUUAAAAUCCCACUGUGGGUUUUAUUUCUUAAAAUACUGUGAUUUUUUUUAAUUAUUUUAGUAAAAAAAAAAAAAAAGAGAGAGAGAGAGAGACACUGACUUUAAUUUCUAGAUAACUGUUUGUGAGUUGCCAUCCUUUAUUCCAGGUAAGCUGUUUGUUAGUAUUCAACUAUAAUUUUAGGACUUGAUAGAUUUCAUGUGACUGAUUGUGUGGUUUUGUUUGCCAUAUGUUUAUUUCUUAUCAACUUGAGGUGUUACAAAAAUAACACAAUUAACUUUCUCAUGUAAAAUGAGUUUGUUUGGUUUUUUUUUUCCCAAAAGGGAGGGGGACAGGGAAAAGAGUUCUUGUGCAUAUAAUUUUUCUAAACGUUAAACAUGCAGAAAUAACAAGUUUUAAUUUUUUUUAACUAAAGAACCAAACUUACGGCACAGCUAUGCAGCUUGUGGACCAAACACGUUGGUCUUCAUAACCGUUCUGUUGCUUGUCAUAUUAACAUCUAUAUCUUGCACCAGUAACUUUCUGUUAAGAUUGCUGCUGUGCAGCCCCCCACACACACAUGUGGUGUGUGUGUG